GGUACGGGGAAUCAUUUUGUUCCUUUUUAGUGUUCGUGCAGAAAGUUUCAUCCAUUUAAAUUCUGUUAUUAAUUCCAUCCAGUUUUUGUUUUACUUCUGUUCAUAUCUCCAGACCUAAUUUCUGGCAGUUUGGCUGUAUGUAGAAGCUAAGGAAGCCUGUCUCCUGCUUCUGAAGUAGAAUUGUUGGGCUCGUCUGCUUCUCUCAAAUCGGGCAGGGGCCCAACUUUGCUUCUGAAGUGCUCAGGUCUUCCCAAAUUUUAGUGCUCACAGAGGGUUUCCUCAGGGCCUGCUGGUGCAGUACCCUCAUCAGCUCAUCCCAUCUCUCACAGCCAUCGUUGAGCAUCACACUGGUCUUUCUGACUCUUGUUUUCUGCUAUGUUUGAAAUAAGUUCAGCUUAUGUUAAAAUCUUCUCUGUUUACAUACAUUUUUAAAGUGCUCUAUUGCUCUGGCACUUGCUUCCCCAUUUCUUGGCCCUGGGCCCAAAACUACCGGUGUUGCUUUCCCUCCUACUUUAUCCUGACCUUGCUAGUUUUGAAGUUCUGCUCUCAUUUCUGAGUUUUGUUCAACCAAGACAGUAUGGAUGUUUGUGUGCCUAGGCCUUUAGCCAGAGUGAUUUUAAUCAUGGUGGUGUUGUAUUGUCCUCAAAUGUGAAACAGCUGAAAUUAAUCUGAAGCAACUGGCCAUAAGUCACUCUUUUUUUUUUUUUUUUUUUUUUUUUUUAGUUCACCUCCUUAUUAAAGUGAUACAAUUGGAGUAUUCAAUGGUUUGAAAACACCACUUCCUUUUUAAAGAGACAUGGGUUGGAAUUUCCUGUGUGGGGCUUCAUGUGCAUGCAGAACUGAGGUGUAUCUGGAUUAUCAUCUUAUUCUAUCAACUGAAAUUUUUUCCCUUGUUCUAACUUUAGAUAAUUUUACUCAACAGUUGUGGAUGAGUGUUAAGUGAAACUGUCAUGUUUAAUACAGAUGGCAAAAGGCCAAGUGACCAGUUAGGGAGAAGCUGUCAAAUGUUACACAGGACCUUUUUAUGAGUUAACUUUUCUUUCUCCUUUUGUUUGGAUUCACUCUCCCAGGAGCUGCUGCCUAAAUGGGUCCAGUCAUGCCUCCCAGUAAGAAGCCAGAGGGCUCAGGAAUUAGCGUUCCCAGUGGAUUGAGCCAGCGUUAUCAAGAUAGCAAUUUAUCAAAGGCACUUCAUGAUGAUGAGGACCUAGAUUUCUCUUUGCCUGCCAUCAGAUUAGAUAAAGGGGCCAUGGAAGAUGAAGAACUAACUAAUUUGAACUGGUUACAUGAGAGCAAGAACUUGCUGAAAAGCUUUGGGGACUCAGUGUUAAGGAGCGUUAGCCCUGUUCAGGACAUGGGUGAUGACACGCCGCCGUCUCCUGCCCACUCUGACAUGCCCUACGAUGCCAAGCAGAACCCCAACUGCAAACCUCCUUAUUCCUUUAGCUGCCUCAUAUUUAUGGCCAUUGAGGAUUCGCCAACCAAAAGACUGCCCGUAAAGGAUAUAUACAACUGGAUCUUGGAACACUUUCCGUAUUUUGCAAAUGCACCCACUGGAUGGAAAAAUUCUGUGAGACAUAAUCUAUCGUUGAAUAAGUGUUUUAAGAAAGUGGACAAAGACCGAAGUCAGAGUAUUGGAAAGGGAUCCUUAUGGUGUAUAGACCCAGAAUAUAGACAAAAUCUUAUUCAGGCUUUGAAAAAGACACCCUAUCACCCAUAUUCGCAUGUGUUCAAUACACCUCCCACAUCUCCUCAGGCAUAUCAAAGCACAUCAGGUCCACCCAUUUGGCCAGGAAGCACCUUUUUCAAGAGAAAUGGAGCCCUUCUACAAGAUCCUGACAUUGAUGCUGCCACUGCCAUGAUGCUUUUGAAUACUCCCCCUGAGAUACAAGCAGGUUUUCCUUCGGGAGUGAUACAAAAUGGAGCUCGAGUACUGAGUAGAGGAAUAUUUCCUGGAGCCAGGCCAUUGCCAAUCAACCCUAUAGGGAGCAUGGCUGUCGCAGUAAGGAAUGGAAUAACAAACUGCCGGAUGCGGACGGAAAGCGAACAGUCCUGCGGCUCUCCAGUUGUUAGCGGUGACCCAAAGGAGGAUCACAACUACAGCAGUGCCAAAUCUUCCAACCACAGGAGCACAUCACCUGCUAGUGACUCCGUUUCCUCUUCCUCUGCUGAUGACCAGUAUGAAUUUGCAACUAAAGGUAGCCAAGACAGCAGUGAAGGAAGUGAAGUUAGCUUCCAGAGCCAUGAGAGCCAUAGUGAAACAGAAGAGGAGGAAAAAAAGCAAAGUCGGAAGGAGACCAAGGAUUCUUUAGCUGACAGUGGAUAUGCAUCCCAGCACAAGAAAAGGCAACAUUUAAUGAAGGCGAAAAAAGUACCAAGUGACACACUGCCUCUUAAAAAGAGACGUACAGAAAAGCCCCCUGAAAGUGAUGAUGAGGAGAUGAAAGAAGCAGCAGGAUCACUCCUGCAUUUAGCAGGAAUUCGAUCCUGUUUGAACAACAUCACCAAUCGGACGGCAAAGGGGCAGAAAGAGCAAAAGGAAACCACAAAAAAUUAGAACAAAUCAAUGAUUUGUUUGGACUUACAAAGUUUUGUUUCAGCACGUCAGGUGAAUUCUAAUGAUUUGUGGCAAUAUCAGCAAUUUUUUCCUUUUUUGUUUUUCUUCUAUUUCUUUUUGUUUUGUUUCUUUGGGUUGGUUUUUUUGGGUUCUUUUUUUUGACCCUUAAGAUUUUUAUUUUUAAAGGAGAUUGAAGCCAUAGAACUCAUACUGACACUCAGCUAAUUUACAAAAGCUUUCAUUACCUGAAGACAAAAAGUUAACAAAAAAGGAAAGCCUAAAUCGCCAUUGCUUUCUCCAGCUUGUCAAAAAUGCAUGGUUGAAUACACAGUGAAACCAACAUUAAUGUGAUGGGAGUAAAAUUGGGCACGUGGAAAUCCCUCUUAUAGUAGAAGAGCUGUGCAUUAUUUAGUAUUCAUUCAGGCCUGGCCCUUAUAAUUUUUUUUAAUGGCCUUACAAUUGGGUUAGAAGUGAAUGUGAAUAAAGAGAUCUGUGGGAAAGAGGAGGCACGUACUUCUCAACCAAGAACUAUUUAGUGGCACUUGAAGAUAUUGUGCCAUACAAGUCUUUAGACAGCCACUGGUGGCAACUGUGCAAGCAGUAAUGCACUUCUAGUGUGUCACGUAUUCUAUGUGGCUCAUAAUGUGAAGACUGAUAACUCUUAAAUUUGAGCAAAUUUAAACUAUGUAUGCAAUGGGUUUCAGUGAAAACAGUGAAAUGGGAGGGGAUGACUGUUAGUAGCAUUGUUAACCAUUGAAUUCUGUCUUCUAUAUUAAAUUGAAAGAAUGUUCAAAAAGCCAUAAGCCUGAAGAUUGGCACUGCGUGCAAAAAAUAAUAGUAAUAGGGAAAAACAAACUAUGUCUUCUAAACUGCCUGAGUGAAAAGUAAUCAAGUCUAAGAAAUUACAGUAGAUACAAUGUACAUCAAAAUCUUUUUCUGUGGAUCACGUCUUUGAUCUAACAGGGGAAACAAAGCUACAAAACCUGCCAUUAGUAGUAUUCUGUAUUUAAAAAUAGAAGGAAAGCAUAUUGGUGAACAGUAAAAUUCAGAAGUUCAACAAAAGAGCUCCUACACUGCUCUCAGAAAUGGGUGUGCAGUGACCAUCAGUCAGGAUUCAUCUGUGCAAAAAUGACAACAAAUUUCCAGAUUCAACCAGCAUAGCCAGCAGAAGAAAUUUGAUCCACAUUGCAUGGAUUCUAUAGGGAAGGGGGGAAAACAAAAAGCAAACAAUUUUUUUUAUUCAAAGAUGACAAAGUUCUUGUAAGGUAAAUAAUGUAUUUAGCAUGAAGCAUGAAUUAUUUUCAUAUAAAUAUAGAAAAUAGAGAAAAAGGCUAUGCCUCUAAUUUUUAAGCCCUUAGGCUUAGAGUUUGUUUUUUGGGGGUUUUAUAUUUUUUUGUUUUUGUUUUUGUUUUGGUUCUUUUUUGUUAUUGUUGGGGUUUUUUUGAAGCAGGUGUUUAAGGUUUAACCUUCUUCAGGGACAAACACUGACUGUUGGGGAACUUACUCUGCAAUAUUAAAAAAUAAAAUCUUCAUGCUCUGGUAGGGCUUGGAUGGUUGAAUUAUACUGCCUUGUCUGCACAUUCAGCCCCCCUCUCCCUACUUCUGUUUUAAAAAAGAAAAAAAAAAAAAAGAAAAAAGUGUGUCUUUUCUUCGUCUGUACAUGUGUAACAUGACGCAAUAAUCUGAGGGCAAAUUUAGUAGUGAGUGUGUAUGACAGAAUCAAGAGAAUAAUGGGAGGUUAAUUGAGGAAACUCUCUGAUUUGAUUCAGGAAUAAGUAGACAAGAAAAUAGCUUCGAUAAUUUGCCAUGAAAAUUUGAAGUUAGUUAAGAGCCUUAUGGAGGUGUCCAGAUAAAAACAAGUGUUACAGAGAGUGUGAUUCAGGUACAGUGCUACUCUCCUGGUAAGGAUGACUAUGAGACUGAAAACCACUACAGCAGAGAGAAGCUGUGAAAUAAACAAAACAGUCUCUCUCACCUGGAUUCUUGCAUUUGGCAUGAAAAAUUCUACACUUAGAGUAUCCUAGAGGCAAAAAGAAAAUGCUGGAAACCAACCACUUAAGAGAACAAAAUGAUUGGUUUCUUAAAGAGUAUAGGUUUAGCUUUAUGACAGCUGUUUCAGGCAGCAGUUUCACCACGAUGGGUCUAGUUUAUGGAGAGUGGGCUAGAGAAGGGUUUGACUUCCUACUCAGUGCAGUGAGCUAGAAGUUGUAUUUGGAGAUGCCUGUGGUGUGUGCUCAUUUAGGAGGUAGAAGGAGUGAAGGACAGGCUGGUCUGGACUUGGUCCUGUGCUCCACAAGCAUUUUGUAAAGAACAGGGCAGCACAGCAAAAGUGUGCCUCUCAUCUCAGCCAGCAUGUCCUGGGAUCCAAGAGCUGCUUGAUAGCUGCCAGAGCUCAGCCCAGCUGCUAGCUUUGGAGAUAAGAGAGAGCCAUGGAUAGUACAAGAAACAGCCUUGUUCCUCUCAGUUUGCAUGCAGGGUUGAUUCCCAGCACUAGUUAAGUCAGGAGGACGUAGAUACAAACUUUUGUUGGCAGCCCUUUAGAUAAUGCUGGGGAAAACAGGAAGGACCAGUCCCUUGGCCAGGUAGCACAGAGAUGAAUGAGCCAUAACAUUUCCCUUGUCCGAUCAGACUGGGAUCAUCUGCUUCUUCCCAGGUCCAUGCUCUCUACAGCCAAAGUUUGGAGGCAGUGAACCACACAACCCUGUACAAGAGAACUUGGUCUUCAUCUUCUAAAGACUUACAGGAGAGUAAAUUGAAAUAGAAGAUACUACAGUAUCAUGUUGCCACCACCUUUGCUCAUUAAUGCAUAGUUGUAUCAGCUUGGGAGUGGCUUAAUAUUUACCAAAAAAACAGCACUGAAAAAUCUAGUGGCAGAAAUUACAAACCAUGGCUCAGCCAUCUCUGUCCUCUAGGGAAAGUAACAUGUUUGUGUGCCAGUGGCCAGAUUCUGUCCACAACACUGAUUCCAGAGCAACUUCUCUGAUUGCAGUGUGUCAGUACAAAUGAGAUCAGUAUCUGCUGAACAAGUACCAUUCAUUAAUGUGGACUCUUGGUGGCUAAAUAUAUAAUUACCACUAGUAUUACUCAUCUUAGAAAACAGUCAUUUUGCAUAAAUAUCUAAUUAGGCAGGUUAUCUUUAUACAAAUAUAUAUAUAGAUAUAUAUAUAUAACACCUAUCUAAGACUUCAACAAGUCCUCUAUAUACUUGCUGGUAAACCUAAAAUGUUGGCAAGCAUCUAUUUUCAUAUAAAAUUUGUUUCUGAUCUGCUAGGAAGGUAUUCUUUAGUAGGAUUUUACAAAGUUAUGUUCAGGAACCAGCAGUUUGGGCUGCUAUCAAUGGAUUUUUUCUGGUGUUUAAAAACAACUUGUCCUUAUUGAUGCUUACUCUGACUGUUGAUGAGAAGUACAUGAUUUGGAUUGUAUGAAAUAUUUAGGAGUCACCUUUUAAACCAUAUUUGUGCCUGGCUGACAAUGGCAACUUUGUCAGAACUGGUUCUACUCCAUCAGAGAAGUUCUCCUUUUUUUUGUGUAAGAACUGAAAUUGAUUUGUUUUCCAAGAAAUACGAUGUCAGCUUUUAAUCGAGUUGUCUUUACUUCAACGGAACGAUGUCAAAAUGGACUGGUAAUUGCACUGUAUUACAAACUCUCUCACUUGCCAGAUACGAGGUGGUGUGAUUUUGCUUGUUUGCUUUCCUUCUAAGCCAUUUUAGGGUGAGAAGUUGUCAAAUCUCUAACCUUCCCUUCUUCUCACUCUGUAAGUAUUGCCAAAUUAGCGUUUCUCCAAGACAGGUGGGGGCGAGGUCAGCAAGUGUUCAGUGGCAAGUUUCACAUAGACAUGAAUUGUAAGGAUUGCUGGACUUCAUGGCGAGUUCCUUUGGAAUAUGCCUUUUGCAGCAAGAAGCUCUUGCAAGCCAGAGCUAAUGCCAUAAGCAGAUUUCACUAGCAUCUCCAGGGAGGUGAAAUCUGCUGAUCGUGCUUGCAUUCUGCAAGCAGUUGGAUGUCCUACUGCAUUUUGGUGCAGAUUCUGCUUGCAUUUAAAAAUGCAAGCACAGGUCUUGAACAGCUUAAAUGUAUCACCCCAUAGCUGUUUUUGAAAGCAGUCUGUUUCUGAUCUUCUCCUGGCAAAACUGGCAGUAGUUCUACAAAGAUCACAGGGCUUUACAGCUAAAAAGCCAAAUGUGGGAGCGAGGAGGUGUGCCCUGUAGGACUAGAGAACUGUCCUGAUAUUGUUCUCUCCUGCAAUUGAGUUGAGGUUCAUAUUCUGGUUUCUCUCAUACCUUGAUGGGGAAAGGGAAUCCCAAAGGAGAUGCCUUGGCUCCCAGUGUUCAGCUGAAUUACUGCCUGCCUGUGGAAAAGACAUAGAAAAAGGCUGGAGGCUGCAUUCUUCACUGGAGUGAGGUAGAGAUACAUCAACAUACUUUAGCAGAGAGUGAAAUCUUAAAUUGUACACCAAAUGGCACCAUGGAUAAAAUUACCAAAACAACACUUUGUCCUGGUUUCUUAGUAGUGUUAAUUUAUUUUCACUGAGGUUUUGGCACCCAUCCCAAUCCAUCUAAAAAUGUAGAUUAUAGAAUCAUAAAAUACGCUGAGUUGGAAGAGACCCAUCCAACUCCUGGCCCUGCACAGGACACCCCAAGAAUCAUACUGUGGGUCUGAGUGUGCACAAUCUUGAGGUUUUCUAGAACCUGAAGGUGUCUGGUCUCCUUUGCAGUCAGUGGAGCUAUAGACAUCCAAGUGCUCCUGGAAACCUUUAUCCUUUCCCUAUUAUUAAUGGUAUUACAAUUUUUGCUUUAAUCCUACCAUAGGUGUUUUUGAAAACAUUACUCUCCUGUGCUCCAGGAUCAGACUACUGAGAAAAUGCAUUUCCAAUGCAAUUUACUUCACUUCCUGGAGAAUGCAAACCCAGCUCCUUUGGGCACAUCACUACUGCCUGAAUAGCUCAUUGGCAUAUUUUAUAGGAAAUAUUUUGAAACUUUUUCUUAACUUUGCCACCAAAAGAGCAUUUGAACCAUACAUCCUCCUGAUUGUAACAGAGUAUCAGUGUUGACUGUCUGACCAGUUAAGUUCUAGUAGUGUUCUUCACAGCCCUCCAGUAAUAUAUCAAACACUGUUAUGCACAUAAUGCAGCACUGUGAUCUAAUUUAAAUAAUACUUUUUUAUUAUUUAUACUACUCUAUGUAAUAUACAUCAACACUUUGCUAUAUAACCUAAGUGAUAACCCUCUUCUUAGUUACCUGCCAAACUCUGAAUUUCUGUUUGAUUUAUAUUGCAAUUAGCACAGUUACCAAGUUGUAAUGAUGUCUCUUUUCCUUUGAAAUGGGAUGUGUAAGUCAAACUAUACAUUUUGUGUGUUUCUGUUUUGAGAUGAAGUUUAUAAAGGAUUUACACACAACAUUCGGUGUUCUGUAUAAAUCUGCAUACAUUUGUGAAUUCAUCUGUUAAUCCCCUUUUAUUUAGAAAGUAUUAAUUGAUGGUGGUUUAUUAGGGUUUUUUAAUUUUAGUACUGGUUAUUCUUGAAUUAAGCAGAGACUUGUCAGCUGGGUUGCUUUAUCUUUGAUCAUGUACAUGACCUUACAAUUCUUCCACAGUUCAGCAAACAAGUACUAGCUUCACUGACCAAAAAAAAAAAGUCUCAACCUAAUGUGUCUAUGGUGCUGUAUUUUGCUGGUAUACAUUUAAAACCAGAAAUUAUUUAAAGGUCACUUUUGAGUUGUUCUAAUAAGUAGCCUUUCCUGGUUUGGGGAGUUUGGGUUUUGUUUUAACAUUGAAAACAAGAUAUAUUUAUCUGAAGCUAUAUAAUGUUUUUUCUACUGUAUCACAUUUCCUUUUGAAAAGAGGGGAAUAUCAGCCUGAUGUAACAUCCUUUCACAGUCAGUGAAAGGGGGUUUUGUUUCAGUUUUUGAUUUUCAGUGGAUUUCAUGAGGCUUUGGAUCAGGCCAGCAGUUACAGGAGCUCAUCAUCCGAGGGUUUAAGGGAUAAAUGACAGCUUGUGCUGGCCUUUAGUGCUAGAAGGGAUUUUACCGAAUACUAAAACUACAUGCUGGACUCUGGAAUGGCUGACAAUCUAGAAAUGGGAAUCUUUUUCAUCUGUUUACUGUGGCCUGAAAUCCCAAGACUUUCUUUUUUUUUUUGUUUGGAUGACAUUGAACUUGAGUACAUUUUUAAGUUACUAGAGCAUUGUACAUUUCCUGAGUAUGUGUGUGGGACAGCAAUUGAAAGUCAUACCUGUAUUUGAUAACCAGUUCCAUGCCUGCAUCAUUCACACUCACUACUUAAAACUGCCAUGAUGUAAAAUGUUGGGGGGAAUGAUUUGUGUGUGUGUAUGAAAAGCAUUAUGAAUUUGUACAUUUUUUUUAUACUCUGAUCUGUAAUUUCUGAAGUAUUUUGUUUUACAGAAAAAAGUGAUAAAGCAAUCAAAAGACCAAGAGAUUUAGUAUCAAUGCUUAAGGGUCACAGGACCUUAACUGGCCAAUAAGUUAAUUUAGUACAGUGAUAAGCCAAUUUUUUUUCCUGUACUUGGCGUCUGAAACUGCCAAUUUCAUCAAUAUUAAAAUAUGAACUGUGACGGGGAAUGAACAGUGAUGUUAAGUUGUAUUUGUGUUUACCUAAAUGAGCAGUCCGAAGGCAAGUGCAAUCAGCUGAUCUUUAGGAAAUAUGAAAUUGUUGAUUUAGAGGCAUACUUGCAUUUUACAUUUUCUUGAUGUGUAAUCAUAUUGCCAAAGACAAACUAUUUCAUCAAUUAUUAUUGUAAAUAACACUUUCCCAAAACCUACCAUAAAGUUUCUGUGAUGUAUUGUCUUCCAGUUGCAAUA